AUGGAAAUUGAUCUGAACCUGGCAGUGGGUGAGGUGGAGAAAAAUGCAUGUAACAAUGGAGGAGAAUGUGACAAAUUGGGAGUAUCAAUCUAUAUGGAGCUAUGGCAUGCCUGUGCUGGCCCUCUCACAACCUUGCCCAAGAAAGGGAAUUUAGUGGUGUAUUUCCCUCAAGGCCAUUUGGAGCAAGUUGCUUCAAGGGAUAUGUCCAAUUUUGAUCUCCCUCCCCAGAUCUUUUGUAGGGUUCUUGAUGUACAACUACUUGCUAAUAGGGAAAAUGAUGAGGUUUAUACUCAGCUGACUCUACUCCCUCUACCAGAGCUAAUUGGAGCAAAAUUAGAUGACAAAGAGAUUGAAAGGAUAGGGGUCCAUGAAGAUGGGGAUGGAGUUACGCCAGCAAAAUCGACCUCCCACAUGUUCUGCAAGACUCUUACUGCUUCUGACACUAGUACGCAUGGUGGAUUUUCAGUUCCUCGUAGGGCUGCUGAAGAUUGUUUCCCACCUCUGGAUUAUAAAGAGCAAAGGCCCUCCCAGGAACUUAUAGCUAAAGACCUACAUGGCGUUGAAUGGAAAUUUCGUCACAUUUACAGAGGCCAGCCAAGGCGACAUUUGCUCACUACUGGAUGGAGUAUUUUCGUUAGCCAAAAGAAUCUUGUAUCGGGGGAUGCAGUUCUCUUUCUGAGGGGAGAAGGUGGAGAACUAAGGCUGGGAAUUAGAAGAGCUGCUCGGCCUAGAAAUGGGCUACCUGAUUCAGUUAUUAAAAAUCAGAGUACUUAUCCCAGUGCUCUUUCUUCAGUAGCUAAUGCUUUGUCAAGCAAGAACGCAUUCCAGGUGUUCUAUAGCCCAAGGGCAAGUCAUGCUGAUUUUAUAGUCCCAUAUCAAAAGUACGUGAAGAGCACUGCCAAUCAGUUACCUGUUGGGACAAGAUUCAAAAUGAAAUUUGAUUUGGAUGAUUCUUCGGAGAGAAGAUUCUGUGGAGUGGUGACUGGAGUUGGUGAUGUAGAUUCCUACAGAUGGCCAAACUCGAAAUGGAGAUGCUUGAUGGUUCAAUGGGACGAAGAUAUCAUGAGUAAUCAUCAGGAUCGAGUUUCUCCAUGGGACAUUGAUUUCUCAGUUCCUUUCCCUCACCUGAGCAUUCAUUCAUCUCCAAGAAUGAAGAAAUUGCGAUCAAGUCUGCCAGUGACCCCACAUGACAGCCAAAUCACAGGAGGGAAUUCCCUUUUGGACUUUGAGGAGUCUGUUAGAUCCUCUAAGGUCUUGCAAGGUCAAGAAAAUGUAGGUUUAGUAUCACCUCUCUAUAGACAUGAUAGGAUAAACCGUCAGCUGGAUUUUGAGAUUCAACCUGCAGCAUGUCAAAAUCCUGUAUCAACUGUCAAGGAAAAGCUUAAUUUUAGUGAGUCUGUGAAGAUCCAUGCACCUGCCACCUAUACGGGCUCUGUGGAAACAAAUUGGUUUCCAAAGGUCUUGCAAGGUCAAGAAAUUUGCUCAUUGAGAUCCCUAGCUGGGAAAACUGAUUUUAAUCUUGGUGCAUGGCCAAAACCUGAUUUUGGUCGUAAUGUUUACAACGUGUAUCAAACGCCCAGACCCAAUUUAUAUCCUUUAGCUUCUGAAGACGUUCAAAGAGAAAGCCGCGUGUUAAAUUCUAUUUCCAUCGGAAAUGCUGCUGCAGUUGAUAUAGGUAAGGUUCCAAAUCUCUCAAACCAGCCAAGGCCACUGGAGAAGUCUUCAACAUCUACCACUCCAGAGGAACAUUUCAUUAAUACAAGUGAGGCCAUCUUGAAGGGAAAGGCGCCCACCUUUAAACUAUUUGGGUCUUCUAUGACCGAGGAUAUUUCUACACUUAAUUCACUAGGUUCAAAUAAGAGGAGCUGCACAAAAGUUCACAAGCAAGGCAACUUGGUGGGGAGAGCCAUUGAUCUCUCAAGACUACAUGGCUAUGAUGACCUGCUGACUGAACUGGAGAGGUUAUUUAGCAUGGAAGGCCUCUUGCAGGAUCCUGAAAAAGGAUGGCGUAUAUUGUACACUGACAGUGAGAAUGACAUGAUGGUUGUUGGUGAUGAUCCUUGGCGUGAGUUCGUUGAAGUGGUGUCUAAGAUCCAUAUAUACACACAAGAGGAAGUGGAAAAGAUGACCAUUGGAAUGAUCAGUGAUGACACUCAAAGCUGUUUGGAAGAAAUGCCACCAGUAACAGACGUGUCAAAGUCAUCUUCUGUUGGCUAG